AUGGAGGCUUCCGACGCAUCAGUACAGCCGGGUCAGAGCUGGGACGAAGCGCAGUGUACAGAAGCACUCGCACAGCUAGAACGGCUUCAGACCCAGAUAGAUGAUCUGCGCCUGGCGAUUCCGCGAAUAAUCGAACCUUUCCACCGGCCCCCCAAUGCGACGACCUACAAAUUGUACGCGCAGGGCGUGCUCGGCUCCCAGAACGGCCUGAAUGCGCUCAAGGACCAAUGGAAACUCCCCGAGGUACAAAGCACAUUCGAGCAUGUCAAGCAGAGCUAUGGCGCAAACGCGGAUUUGUCCGAGAGUGUCUCGGUACCCUCCCACGGGUGGGUCGAACGAGCGCGGAAAGCAAAGAAGAUCACAAACAAGAGCGGCAGCGAUGUCGUCGAGGAAUCCGGUACCAUAAUCACCGACGAUGAUAUUUCACGAGUAGUCGUCGAGUUUCGCAAGACGCAUCCAGGCCUCAAACUGGAGACGCACGACGACGACCACAGCAUACAUAUUCAAUUUGUUUCCGGCUCUGCCUUGCUCAAGUUCCACGUUGUCAUCGAGCGUGAGGCAAAUGGACGUCACAAACUCAGUGCAGAAUGUCUAGGGAUGGCUGAGCCAUGUCUGGCCACCACGCGAUGUCUUGCAUCACGGCCACAUGCAAACGAUCUGAGACAUCUACUGGAUAUGAUUGUUGCCUACAAAACUAUCAAAGGACCAUGUGAUAAAUGUGCAAAGUUGCUAGACAGCGCCGUGCUGAUGCCGACUGCGCGACGAAGUAAGCAAGUUGCUACUACAGAAGAAAAUUUCGAAACAGUAUGGGUAGCGCUACAUGAGAGCUGUCUGGAGUGA